CGCACAACUUCAGUCAGUGCCUGCUUGCCUGCCUUGCUGCUGCUGCUCAAAGAGGUUUCAGGAUCCUGUCGAAGGGGAUUAAUUCUCAGACACAGCUCCUUUUUUUCUCUCACUGCGGAUUUUAUAGCGCAGCAGCAGCACCGAAUGUUUGUGGACGUUGUUCUGUGAGUGCCCAGCUCAGUGAUGGCAAAUUUGGCAGAGGAUGAGAAUAUGAAACCAGGAAAACAAAUCUGGAAUGUGGUUGCUGGGUUAAGUGAAGGGAGUGGCAAUCUGAGAGACUGUGAAGGAAUAACAGAAGGUGGGGAGAUGGUGACAACAAAGCCUGGGUCCAUAAUGCAGUUCCAACCACAUGACAGCAACAAUAGUAACAAGCUGGAUGGAGUUGGGAUCACAAAUGGAGCUAGUGGCCAACCGGAGCACCGUUCCCAUGCAGCCAGUGACCUGUCUGAGUUGGAGCAGAGCCUCGCUGCCCUGAAUGAGUUGCAGGAUGCAGGGAAUAGAGUAAAGAGUGACCCAGAUGUUGGACUGUACCCAAGUGGCUGUGAGGAUGAUCUCCUGGGGGUCCUCGAGGAUGGCGGCUCAGUGGAUUUUCUGCCUGAUCUAGAGUUCUUCCCUUCUCUGAGGGAGGAAAAGCAGCAAGGCAGUCCCUGGAGCCUGACCACUUUCUGUGGAGAUGAUGAGUCGGGUUUGUUGUCACCUCUGUCCUCCGAGCCUGCCCUGCUCAAGGACAGCCUGGUGGAUCUGCAGCCAGUUGAAGAGUGUACUGCUCCCUGGCCAACUCCAGAAAGUAAACCUACUGAGAGCAAGCAGAAUAUUUGGGCCCCUAUGCCAGCUGCAACCACUGCCCCCAUGGAGGUAAAACAAGAACAGGAGAGCUACAUCGAAUUGGUCACUCCUGGAGUCAUCAAACAGGAGCAAGCCAGCAGGGGUUACUGCAGAGCUGCCAAUGGGGCAGUUGGAGCCCAUGGUGCAGUCAAGGAGCCCGUUUAUCUGUUCAGCACAGAACCGAUGCAAGCCAGCAGCGAUCAGAAACCCAUCUUCAGCUUUGUUCCGCCUUUUACAACAGUAGCUCAAGCCUGGGAAGUGUGCCAGCAUCCCAAUGCAAAUCUGGCCGAAAACAGAAUGGGGAACAUUUGCUCUGGGAGAGGUGCUUUACCAGCCAAGUUCAAUAGCACUGGUCUGAAAACUGAAGGAAGCUCACCGAUAGCCUCCACCUCCACUGCCUCCUCGGGGCCACCUGCCAAAGUCUGUCUGGUUUGCUCAGAUGAAGCAUCUGGAUGCCAUUACGGUGUUCUUACAUGUGGCAGCUGCAAAGUUUUCUUUAAGAGAGCUGUGGAAGGACAGCAUAACUACCUCUGUGCUGGAAGGAAUGACUGCAUCAUUGAUAAGAUUCGCCGAAAGAACUGCCCAGCUUGCCGUUUUAGAAAGUGCCUCCAGGCUGGGAUGAAUCUUGAUGCUCGGAAGACAAAGAAAUUGAACAAGAUGAAGGCACCGCAUACCACCACCUCAGAAACUGCAGCAAAGGCAACAUCACAGGACUCUUCUUUAGUUUGUUCUGCAUUGCCUACACUGAAUCUUCCCAUGAUCUCAGUCCUUGAGAUGAUUGAGCCAGAUCUUUUAUAUGCAGGAUAUGACAGUUCCCUACCUGACACACCCAACCGGCUUCUGUCAGGACUGAAUAACUUGGGCGGGCUACAGAUGAUAUCAGUUGUGAAAUGGGCAAAGGCUCUACCAGGAUUCAGAUCCUUGCACCUGGAUGACCAAAUGAUGUUGCUGCAGUAUUCCUGGAUGUCUCUAAUGGUUUUCAGUCUUGGCUGGAGAUCUUAUCAACAUGUCAAUAGCAAUAUGCUCUUCUUCGCACCAGACUUAGUCUUCAAUGAGGAGCGGAUGCAGCAGUCUUCAAUGUACAGCUUGUGCAAAGGAAUGCGCAACAUUGCAAUGGAUUUCAGAAACCUUAAGGUUGCUUUUGAAGAAUAUCUAUGCAUGAAGGCAUUAUUGCUGCUUGGUACAGUUCCAAUAGAUGGUUUGAAGAGCCAGGCUAUGUUUGAUGAAAUUCGAACCUCCUACAUUAAGGAGCUAGGGAAAGCCAUAGUGAAAAAAGAGGGAAGCUCAAGUCAAAACUGGCAACGUUUUUAUCAGUUGACCAAACUUCUGGAUUCAAUGCAUGAUUUGGUUGAAGGGUUGUUGCAAUUUUGUUUCUACACCUUUGUGGAAUCAAAGACUCUCAGUGUGGAGUUCCCCGAAAUGUUGGUGGAAAUCAUUAGCAAUCAGUUACCAAAAGUCAUGGCUGGCAUGGCCAAACAGCUCCGAUUUCACCACAAAUGACUGCCUUAAAACAGGAAAAAAUGCCUUAAAAUUAUCCUGCAUAGCUUUUCUUUUCGCAAAGUGAUCGGGAUUUUGGAAAUGUUUGUCCUGCAAACGCUUGCCAUUAUGUCAUAUGCACUACAUACAGUUUACAGAGAGGAUUGGGCCUGGGCUGAGGCGAAAAGGAGAUGAAGUUUUACAGCCUAAGGACUGUACAUUGGAAAAACAUAGGUGGCAGAAAAUCUGCAUGUAUUUUGUUUGUAAACUUUAUUUUUGUGUACUGUGAUACAGAUUUGAUUUUAUGCAUGCAUUCUAAUGAAAAGUUUACAGUGUAUAUCAGAAAAGGGAAAAUUGUGCCUUUUUUUAGCUUUUUAAGUCUAAUGUAGCCAAUUUGGACAGUUUACUGUAUUGUUAAUGCAGGAGAACUGCUAACUUAGUUUUUUUUUCUCUAUCUGUAUGUAUUUUUUAUAUUAAGUGGAAUUUGAGCCUGAUAAAGUUUUUCUUUAUAGCCAUCAUUGAAUUCUGUGUUGUACAAGUGAGCCUGCUCAUUGCUCUCAUGUAAAUAUGCAGAAAUUUUGAAAGAGACUGAUCAACUACAGAUGAACAAACUGGUAUUUGAAUUACUCAAAAAAAAACAACUGGUGUGUGAUCGGAAAGGACAAACCUCUAAUUUCUGGAGAGUGUGGAUAAUGUAUGCAGCCCUUUACAAGCCCAUGGCCUGGGUUAGAUAGUUUAUAGGAACAUACAGUGGCCACAUUUGAAGAAGCUGCAAAAUUUCUGCCAAUUAUUUGCCCUUGGCAUCCAUGCCACAUUUUAAAAUUUACUUUGUUUGGUUCCGAUGCUUGUUGGUUCAUCAUUGCUGUUAGAUUUGUACCCAUGCUCCAUAAUGGAGCUAGCACAUCUUCUGUAAUAAGCACCUGGACCUUUUUUAGGAAAAUCCCCUCUCAGCUUUGACGGGGUUGAUGCAUUCCUCAAUGUAAGCAUAUUGUAAAAUUUAGACUGACAGAAGCUAAUUGUAGUAUAGGCUUAAUUCUGGCGAUAAAAGUUUCUAUUUUUUAACUGUUAAUCUAAUUGCAAUCUACCUUUAUAUUCAAUACAUUUCUAGUUGAUUUCAGUCAUAUCUAUGCUUCCCUCUGGUGUGCAGUUUGUAAUAUUUUAGAGGACAGUAUCGCCAUGGAGUGGGGAAGAGAAUGGGAGUUCUAUUCCUGUUCACAAUUGUAGUGUUGAGAGGUGGUAAUUCAAGAAGUUCUGAUUAUUAUUGUAGUUAAAUGCAAGUAAUUGAAAUGCACCUGCUGAAAGCAAGAAGGGCUGCCUUCAGAAAGAAAUCAGAGAAUGUAAAAGCAGAAGCAACUUGUAAAUUUAUUUCUACUCUUAUUUGCAGUCCUCUCACCUUUCGCCUGGGCCAUGGAAUUUACUGCACCCACCAUGGAUGGUGUUAUGCAAUUAAGUGUAAACAUGUCACUUUCUGCUUUCCUUCAAAAUUUGGCACUCCACUCUCAACUGAUGAUCUGGUCAAGAACUAGUAGUGUAGUUAACUGAGUUGGAGCAUUAAAAUUAAGCUUGUCUUUAAAUCCUUUGAUUAAGAGAAAAUCCUCACACUAUUUUUGCCACUGUCACAUCCACCACAUUUUAUCACAGUAACUAGUGCACAUAUAAGCCCAAAAAACCCUCUGUUCAAUUUGCUGAGUCUCAUUAGCUAAUAUGAUAUUUGUUGUGCAGCAGCAUCAAAGCUAACCACAAACCCUUGUUUUCAAGAUGCAGUACAGUAAUGACCAGUUUGAAAAAUUGGUAGGAAAAGUUGGGGGGCUGGAGUUGGGUGAGGGCUGGAGGUUGGUGAUACAUUUCAACAGCUUAAUUUCAGAAGAAUUUUGCCUUGAUUUUUUGCCACAUAAGUGAGUUAAGUCACAGCGUUGCUUAUGCUGUAUACUACCAUAUGUCCAAGAUCUUCAGUAUGCUUGUACUUUGGGAUGGAGAACCCAUAACAUUCACAUUGGUGGGGCAAAAAUAAGUUUAUCCUCUGACACUUAUUGUAUUUGAAGACAUUGAUAUCAAUUACCUGACCAAUUAGCCUAAUUUUUGCAACCAGUUUAGACAAAAUGCUUUGCUUUUAAUAGCAAUAGCAUUAGUACUGCAGUAAUCAUAUCUCGAUCAUAGGAAAUCAAUUUCACUCCAUUCAGUCGCAAGCUUUCUGUUGGUUGUCAUUGUGCACAAGAGGAGAUGACAAUAGGAACAUUAACUGUACCAAUAUGCUGACAAAGUGAUGCUACCAUCUUUCUGACAUUAUGAUAAAUGGAAAGGAAAUGUUACAUUUAUGGAUUUGAAUUUCCCACUAAUUUUUAACAUUCAUUCCAAGUCAAUGAAGAGCAUUAGUUGCUGAGCCCUUUAUUUUGGCAAUUAUUACUUAUGAUGCUACAGGUGGCAGCACAACACAUGCCAGAAGCAAGUUAACAUGAACUGUGGAAAGUUCAUUUGACCUUAUAAGAGCAAUUUUUAUGCCAACAUAUCACUAAGUAUUGUCUCUUCAUUUGGAACAGCCCUGAUGCAUGUUAUCGUUUAAAUGCAACAUAUCUCAGUAAAUUGCCAGUUGGUAUUUCUACAGUUUGUUGAAAAAGGUUUGGUUUUCCAUGGUGUCCGGUUUAUUGUGCAAUGUGUUUUAUCGCGAAAGCAUGCGACAGCCUUACAAGGUCACUUUUGGAAUGCAUCCUUAAUCGUUAUAACAUACCUUGCAACCUGACUCAUAUUUUUUGAAAUAUCGUACACUUUUUUUAAAGUAUACAUUCUUAUUGCUCCAUUCUCUAAGCAUAUAUAGAAAACAAUGCUUUUGGAAAGUUAAAACAACCCUGAAUACCCAGCACACACAUGUGCCUACAUCAGCACCUGGUUGAGUCUACUCAUAACAUUUGCCUCAGGUUGGAAGACCUGUGAAUGUGUGUGUAUAUAUAGAUAUAUAGGCGUAUGUACCACAUUCCUUCUGUAUUUUAUUUUUAAUUCAGUUCUUUACCAUGUCCCAUUGUUUUAAAUUUCAGGUGAUGCUACUUUUGAUAGUUGCUUGAUCAGUGUUAACUAGAGCAGAGAUUUUUCAGGGGCACAGGUCUGACUGGUGCUUUAUACUAACUGAUAUCUCAAGGCUGUUUUUUUUUAAAAAGUGAAUACCUUAAUGAGUUAAAAAGAGAUAAGUAUUUGAGCAAUUAGAUCAGAGCACCCGAUUUCCCUAAUAUAAUGUGGGAAUCUGAAUCAUCCAGAGUUUACUCAAUCUUUAAACAGAUUAUUUACUGAUGCUCUCAGUGUUGCUGUAAUUUCCAUUGUGUGUUUAAGGGAAGGACUCAUUUAUAUCCAUAGAAAAUUUAAUCCCAUCCAAUGUUUCAGGAAGUAUUUCAUCGAUUAUCUCUCUAAACAGGGAGGAGAACUAUCUGAAAUAAUUCCAUAGCAGCAGCUUUCAGUUUAGAGCUGUUAUAAUCUUUAGCUCCAGCUUGAUGCUUCUUUGGUUGUCUUGGAAAUACUUUACCAUUCUCAAACACCAAUCCUAUUCAAUGAAUUUCAAUUCCAUGGCACUACAGAAUUGUGGCUUUUGAGAAAAAAAAACUGUUUCUGGGCAUUGGCACCAGAUGUUUGGAAAAAGUUAAUUAAAAAUACAGGAUCGUAUACCACGGCAUUCUUAUGUCAUGGACAAAAUUCUUUUUAUUCAUGUUGAGGUGUUUUUCCAAAACUUGUGCUGUUUUACAAAGCCUGAUUCAUUGUUAGCAGUAUAUUCUACAAUAACUUUUGCCUGUGUUUUAGGAGGAUCAGGCCUUGGUAUUAUGGAUAUCCCAUGCUUCUCUAUAGCCAUCGUGCUAUUGAAGGUCUGGAGCAGAGGAAAGUUUAAUUUAAUGUCUUGACUAUUGCUUCACCUGUCAUGUUGCUGUCUUUGGGCUGAAUAAAACGAGGGGUGGGGCGGGUGCAGGCGGUGGUGGGGCGUGGAAAUGAUCCACUCCAUGCCUGCCUAUCCCACAGCCAUAACAUAAUAAGGGCAAUGGGCAAUAUGGGGCUUCCACCUCUUAGUGGGGAGGUAGUUCCACCUUCUGAAGAUGCCGGCCAAUCCAAUUGGCCAGCAGCUCAAUCAGUUCUGGCAGUGCCAAGAGCGCAUUAGUGGCUGGUUCUGGGACUGCAAGAAGAGGACUAAGAAGGCCAUUGUAAGUCUGGGGUCUUGAGCAUGGAGGGGAUUGGGUAGGUGUUGGGUUUAAGGCUGUGGAGAGUUAGAAAGACAGGGGGGGAUUCUAUCAUUUUGAGGGGCCGCCCCCCAAUCUGCAAAUGGCAGCCCCCCGAAGAAUUAACCUCCCCUUCCCGCUCUUUGAAGAGUGGAGUUAAAGAGCGGCUGCCCAAGCCAAAUGUUUAUGGCAUGGGAAGUGUAUUAUCAGGUCAAUUGGCUUGGUAACAAGCCUAUUUGACAUUUGAUUAGCUAUUUGAAUAUGGCAGACGGACUGCUGAUUUCAGCGCCCACCCACAGCCCAGUGGAGGGACACAAAAUGCAGCCCUAUGUUUCUGUUACUCACAAAUGGAUAAUUGAGUCCGGUAAAGAUGAUUAGAAUUUAUGUAGCUCAUAGUAGGGAUGAAAGUUUUUAAUAAGGUAAUGAAGACUACAAUCUAGCCAGCAUCUCUUUUUCUGAAGGUUCAGUAUUUUGUGGGCAGUUAGCUGGAGGUCCCAUGUUAGCAGUGGGUUCAAUAAUAUGCCAAAAAUAAUUUUUAUUUUAAAAUGUCUGGUUCUGAUUAUUUUUCCAGAGGAAGGGAAAAUGCUGUUAAAAUAUGACUGCAGUUUUUCUUCUAUGUAAACUAUGUGACAAUGUAGCGGUGAAAUGUACUCUGUGAUCAGGAACUAUAUUUACCAGUAUUGUAGACAGGGGGCCUGAUUUUAAAUUGAAAUGUGCAGUCGAGCAAAGUUUCUGACUGUUCUUCUUCAUUCUAAAAUAUUUAAUAUAUUAUCAGCACCCAUCCAUUAUAAGAUAAAACAAAAAAAACUUGAAGUCCAGCUGUUGUUUUAUCAGUAAUUGGAAAGAGUGGUCUUUUUUAAAAUGGUGCUUUAAAAAAAACUCAUAAAAUGGGCUGGUCCCAUUGUGGGGAGGAGAGUAUAUAUAUUUUUGAAUAACUGCUCUAAAUCCAGAAAUACAAAAGAAACCGUCUACACCAUCAAAAGGGUGAUUCUGCUCUAGUCAUCAGUCAGCAACAGCAAAAAUAAAUUCUAACACAGCACUAUAUCCUUCCACAGUAAGGAGACAGCUACAGACAAAUGUAGUUAUCUUGCAAAUUGUUAUCUUGUGCAUGUGUACAGAUCCCAGUCUUUGUAUUUAAAUAGACAAUAUACAUAGAUAGCCACAGGACAUAUAUUUUUCAAAUCUGCAGCAGAUCAUUUGGAAAUGCUAUUUCUGGUGACUCGUUGCAUGUUGAUUUUUGGUUCCCUUGUCAAUCCGGAAACUUGUUCAUUUUCGCUCGUUCAUCUUUGCUUUAACAAGGAUAAUUGUAGACGAUAUCCUCUACAAGUAUGCUUCACACAAUAUUUAAAAAGCAGUCCCAAUUCUGAAACACAGUUGAAUCUAUCCCUACCUGUCACAGGAACUAAAGCCCAUAUUUCAGUACACAGGAUAUCUUAGAAAAAUGUCUAAAUCUUGGAUACCUUUGAUUACUUCAGUUUUGCAAGGUGCCUUUAAGAAGCACUUCCCUCCAAAAAUGGAAUAACUAGCAGACUGAUCUUUAUGAUUGAGAUUUUAGAAUUUGCCUGAUUUCAUUCAGAAGGAAUGACAAAUCACAUGUUUUGAGCAGAACUGCAAGAUGAAAGGAAGCUGAGAUGAAGAGAAAUGGUUCAAAUAUUGAUGAGAUAGAUUAAGUUGUACAUUAUUGUUGACUUUGUACUGAAAUCACAAAUCUGCUUCUCAGACUGUUUUGUGACUGAAUUUCUGCUUUUGAUUAAGAAUUGACUGGAAAGCUAUGAAUAAAUUUGGGGGAGAGAACAGUAAGUGAUGUUGGAUAAACAUAGCUUGCUUCAUCAGAGUUAAAUUUGUUUUACACAAUACCCAGUUUAUUACGUUUCAUUCUGAUUGAGUUUUGAAAUCCAUUGUCACAACGCAACAAAAUACCUACAGAUUACAGAUAUAAAAAUAAAGUAAGGACAGCACAGGACAUACUCUUGACAAGUGUCCGACAAAAUAUUUUCCAAAGAUACUUAUUGGGUGGUAUUUCCCCCUUAAAUAGGGCAUAGGUAAAACUUGAGCAUUUAAUAUGGCAGGGUGAUCAAAAACAACAAAAAAGCAACCAGCAUGCAGAGGCCAAGUCUACGAAUAUAGAAUUCACAUAUAAUACCAAGUGUAAGAACUACAAAACUUACUAGAAAUUUAGAACAUGUAAAUCAUGUAGAGUUAGAGAAAUUAACUGAACCUAAAAAUAUUUAAUUCACUUCUAUUAAUAAAUUCAAUGCAGCCUAUUAAUGUGAAUUUAUAAAAAGAUUGUGCUUUUAACAAAAUCCAGAUGAGCUAUUAAAAUGACAAUAUUUUAUAUAUAUAUAUAUAGAUAUAUAUAUUUAAAAAAAAUACCUUACUACAUCCCCUUUGACAUAGAUUAAAUUUACUAGAAUGUGAUAUUAAAAAGUUCAAAAGUUACCAAUUUUGAUAAGUCUAAUUUGUAAUGUUUAAAAUAGUUUUAAUUAAUAUUUUCCUAAAUUUGAUUCUAUAAAUAUAAAAUAAGGAUACUGUCACUUUAAUUGUUACUUUUAAGGUGUGCCUUUUUCAGGAGGGCAGAAGAACUUGCAUCUACUGUAUGUAGAGAUAUAAAUUCUUAUAUUUUUCAGAAUUAAAUCUGAUUUUGAAUGUAUAAUUUCACGUGCAUGCAAUGCAAUUCUGCGUAAAGACCAGACAAUCAAAUAUGGCCCUCUUACCUCAAAGAAAUUUGCUUAUAUAGAUUAUACACAGAAUUGUGUAAUAGAUCAUUAUUGAUGUGCAGUUUUUUAAGACAUGGAGGAAAAGAAUGAACAAAUGGUAAUUUCAUAAGAACGAGUUUUUAAAAAAUCAAUGUUUGAAUAAAUAUUAUGGACAAGUUGCUUUACCCCAUAAUCUCACAACUUCUCAGUAGUGCAUUGUAAAAUGGUCCAUCAAUAGGAUAAAAUGAAUGUGUGGUUUUUUAAAGACCUUUUUAGUUUCCUGAAUUACUUAUGUAAAUCCUGAAGUCAAAUGCUUAUGUAUUUUUUUUCCAGGGUCCUGCUUCCCUUCUUUAUUAUGCUUUGAACUGGUUGAUCUUUGUGGUACUUCAAAAACAUGUCUCAUUUACUCAUGUUGUUAAAGAUGUAAUUUGCUUUAUUGUACAAGUGUUUAAGUCCAAUAAUUGUGAAUAGCUUCAAAACUGCAGAUAAUGGACAGUAAUUGGACAAUAAAUUUGCUUUUCCACUAA